AUGCUCGCUGGCCCCAGUUCCCCUUCUUUUCCGCGCGCAGGGCAGUAUCCACGUGGUGCACGGGCUCGACGUCGCGCGCGCGGGGUGCUCCUGUACAUCUGGACGGCGGCGCGUCUCCAAGCGGACACACGCGUCUACGACUGGUGGGACUGGGCGGCGGGAUGGGCCUCUGCGACGCAGCAGGGAUGGGCGCAGGAGCUCAUGAACGAGGCCGCGCUGCGUGCGCUGCCGCGGCCACUGGAGAUGCUCGCGGGAGCGAUGGACAGCGUCGAGCUCGUCGUCAACAAGAGCAUGUCGGAUGCGAUCUCGUCCGUGCUCGUCCGCCCCACCACCGCGCGCUUCAAGUUUCUUGGAGACAACGCGCCCCGAUUGCGACUCGCGAGCCCGAGCAGACUCGAUCACGAAGUCUAA